AUGAGAGCCCUCUUACAUACAAGACCAUCAUUCAUACAUCACACGCACUGUCUACGACCUCCGACUCCCCGCACCGUUCUCUCUCUUCCCUUCUCCACCAGGCCCUUCACAACCACAUCCCCAAUCCUCACAUCAGAUCUCUACUCCUCGCGCAGCAAUCCCCACCGAGCCUACUACCAGACCCACGGCCGCGCUCUGUUCAAAUGCCUCACCCUCGCAUUCCUGACCUACCAAGUCGUGUACUGGACAUGGCUCACGCUGGAGACGGAGGAGAUCAAAGACCAGAAGAAUCGAGAGAUCAAGGCGCUUGAGGGCGAGUUCCGGCUGUUGGAUGAGGGGAGGAGAAGUCAUCUGGCGGAGCGAAGGGAGGGUAAAGGGAUGGAGGAAGGGAUGGCAAAGAAGUGA